AUGUCAAUGUACUUGAAAAAGAGGAACAAUGCCGCGCCCUAUUAUUUGCCUCAGUGUGGUCUGGAUGUGACAGAGGCCUCGGUGUACUCAGGAGUUUGUACAGAGAUCUUCAAAAGAGAGUGUGUGAUCUUCCAGAAACCAGUCUACUGCUUUGUUCAUCUGAGCAUUCAGGAGUUUCUGGCUGCAGUCUACAUGUUCCACUGUCACACCAACAGGAAGACAGAGGUGGUGAAAGACUUCCUAAACAAAAACAAAAACAGGCACUUAAUCAUAUCUUUUUUAAAGAACAUAUUCAAGUCUUAUAGGUUUCCAUCAAUGGAUGUCUUUUUGACUCAAGUCAUGUAUAAAUCCCUCCAGAGUGAAAAUGGCCACCUGGACCUGUUUGUUCGCUUCCUUCAUGGCCUCUGUCUGGAGUCCAACCAGAGCCUCUUAGUAGGUCUGCUGGGUCAGACAGAGAUCAGUCCAGAAACCAUCCAGAGAGUCAUCAACAACCUGAAGGAGAUGAACAGUGAUGAAAUCUCUCCUGACAGAAGCAUCAACAUCUUCCACUGUCUGAUGGAGAUGAAUGAACCUUCAGUACAUCAGGAGAUCCAAGAGUUCCUGAAGUCAGAGUACAGAUCAGAGAAGAAACUCUCUGAGAUCCAGUGCUCAGCUCUGGCCUUCAUGCUGCAGAUGUCAGAGGAGGUUCUGGAUGAGUUUGACCUGAAGAAGUACAAAACAUCAUGGGGCGGACGACUGAAACUGAUUCCGGCUGUGAGGAACUGCAGAAAGGCUCAGUGA